ACGAAUCUGGUGAAACCGCUUUAUUUCAAGCUGCUGCAGCAGGAAAUGCUGAUGUGGCAAAAAUUCUGCUAAAAUAUGAUGCAUCGGUUAAUCUAUCAAACAAUAACAGUGUAUCCCCACUUAUGAUAGCUGCGUAUCAUGGACAUUCUUAUGUUUGUAGGAUAUUGUUAGAUCGUGGACGUGCAAACAUUAAUCAAAAAGAUAUGACUGAGAAAACUGCUAUCGCAUAUGCUGCUCACAAUGGGCACGGUCUUGCUGUGGAAACUCUUUUAACCAGAGGUGCUAAUAUUGAUAUUGUUGAUAUGUUACUUUUAGCAAAUGCUAAUAAGGAUUUAAAGACCACUAAUGGAAAAACUGCUGCUCAGCUUGCACGCGAUGGUGGUUACCUACAUGUUUCUGAUAUGAUAGAAAAUUUUAUUAUGCCUGAUGAUAGUUAUAGUGCUCAUGAUUCAAGAAUUUUAUCUGAUUCAAUUAUCGAAAAAG